UUUGGGGAGAAAUGAACAAAAAGGAGUAAAGAUAAUUGUAAUUAGGAGUUUUAAGUUACGAUAAUGGAAGUGGUUCCUUUGUCCGAUGUUCAGCAUGUUAGGGAUGACUCUGAUUCUGCUCAGAUUUCUGGAACUGCUUCGUUUCAUGACGGACAAUCAAACAACUGCGUCGAUCCUCAACAACAACCAGCGGGGAUGGCAAAUGGUGGACUCAAUGACUCAUCGGUGAAUGUUGAGGCCGCACAAAUUAACAGCAAAUGUGAUGUUCAAGGGGUUCCUCAAUAUUUGCCUGCUUCUGGUCACUCUAGUUCGGAUUCAUAUUCUAACUAUCAGAUGGAUGCCCAAAAAGCAUCUUCUGGUUCCCCCGACUCCGAAUUUGAUGAUGCCAACACCGAUAAUUACUCCACGGAAUCGUGUUUAGCAUCUGAAAACUCUCGUAUAGUUGUGGAUACCAUUGACGAUGAAUUGCCUAGCAGCAGCAAAGCUGAGGAGUUGUCUGUUUCGGGGCCAGAGCCAAUGUGGUUGGAAGGGGAUGAAUCUGUGGCGCUUUGGGUGAAGUGGCGAGGGAAGUGGCAGGCUGGAAUUAGAUGUGCAAGGGCUGACUGGCCAUUAUCUACUUUAAAAGCCAAGCCCACACAUGACAGGAAGAAGUAUUUUGUGGUUUUUUUUCCACACACAAGGAACUAUUCGUGGGCAGAUGCAUUGCUUGUUCGUUCUAUUGAAGAAUUUCCUCAGCCUAUUGCAUACAAGAGUCACAAAGCUGGUUUAAAAUUGGUUGAAGAUAUAAAAGUUGCAAGGAGAUUUAUAAUGAAAAAACUUGCUGUUGGUAUGCUGAAUAUCAUGGACCAAUUUCACCUCGAGGCUCUGAUUGAGAGCGCACGUGAUGUAAUGAAUUGGAAGGAAUUUGCCAUGGAAGCUUCACGCUGUAAUGGCUAUUCUGAUCUUGGUAGAAUGCUUCUGAAGCUGCAGAAUAUGAUCCUGCNAUGCUUCGUAAAUCCAGAUUGGCUUCAAAAUUCUUUGCAUUCUUGGGUACAGCGAUGUCAAAAUGCUCAAACUGCAGAAGUUAUUGAAAUGCUCAAGGAGGAAUUGGCUGAUGCUAUUUUGUGGGACAAAGUGAAAUCCCACUGUGAUGCGCCAGUGCAGCCUACUUUUAGUUCUGUGUGGAAAACCUGGAAGCAUGAGGUUACAAAAUGGUUUUCAAUAUAUCCCACUCUUCCCAUUAGCAGAGACAAGGAGCAGCAGACUGUUGAAGCUUUCUUAGCUACAGCUCUCGAAGUCAGCAGGAAGAGGCCCAAGCUUGAAAUUCGUCGUGCAGAGACUCAGGCUUCAUUGAUGGAAUCAAAGUGCUCAGAUGAAGCUAUGGCUCCUGAUAAUGAUUCUGGUUUUUUCAAUAACCAGACUAGUUUAAAUGCUAAAUUAGGAUCUGAAUCUCACAAAGUAGAGGUAAGGGAGAUUGUUACAUCAGCAGGCCCACUCAGUAUUGUACCUGGUAGGUUGGCUGGGAUUGUAGCUCAAACUGGAAGUUUGGAUCUAGCCUCUUGCAAGGAUGUGGAACUGAAACCUCAUACUGAAACAGCUACAGAAAAACUCUUACAUUAUGGUAAUAAGAACCGUCAAUGCAUAGCUUUUAUUGAAUCCAAGGGAAGGCAGUGUGUUAGAUGGGCCAAUGAGGGUGAUGUUUACUGUUGUGUGCAUUUAUCCUCUCGUUUCACUGGCAACAAUGAUAAGAAAGAACAGACUCGUUCUGUUGAAUCACCAAUGUGCCAAGGUACUACUGUUCUUGGAAGUAGGUGCAAGCAUCGAUCUCUAUUUGGCUCCUCAUUCUGUAAGAAGCACAGACCAAGGAGUGAAACGAACAUGGAGUCAACUUCCUAUGAAAAUAAGCUUAUUGAGAAGCAACAGGAUAUUUAUAGAGUAGAAGACACCCGUAAUAAGGAAAUAAAGUUUGACAGAGAUGCUGGAAAUCCCCUUGGAGUGGACGAGGGUGAUGUGACCAAUAAUGGAAAUAGCUCAUCUGACAAACUUGAGCAUCAUGGAAAAGAUUCUAUUGCCUCAGAAGUUCGACACUGUAUUGGUUCUUCCGAACAUAUUGACAGCAAUCCAUGUUUAGAAAGCCCAAAACGUCAUUCUCUAUAUUGUGAAAAACACCUUCCUAGCUGGCUUAAACGUGCAAGAAAUGGUAAGAGUAGAGUAAUAUCGAAGGAAGUAUUCAUGGAUCUUUUAAGAGACUGUAACUCAGAAGAGCAAAAGAUAAAUUUGCAUCAAGCCUGUGAGCUAUUUUACAGGCUUUUUAAAAGUAUUUUAUCACUGAGGAAUCCAGUUCCUAUGGAGGUUCAAUUUCAGUGGGCACUUUCUGAAGCUUCUAAAAACUUGGGAGUUGGGGAACAGUUUAUGAAAUUGGUUUGUCAUGAAAAGGAAAGAUUAAAAAGGUUAUGGGGGUUCGAUGCUGAAGGAGCACAACUUUCCUCACCUUCGAUGGAAGUGCCAACUGCAGGGCCAUUAUUAACUUCAGGUAAUUGCAAUGAUGGUUCGAGUAUCAGAUGCAAAAUUUGCUCUGAAGAAUUUCUUGAUGAUCAAGCACUCAGUACUCACUUCAUGGAUGGUCAUAAAAAGGAAGCGCAGUGGCUGUUCAGAGGUUAUGCUUGUGCCAUCUGCCUUGAUUCGUUCACCAAUAAGAAAGUUUUAGAAACUCAUGUGCAGGAGAGACACCAUGCACCAUUUGUUGAGCAAUGCAUGCUUCUGCAGUGUAUUCCUUGUGGCAGCCAUUUUGGGAAUACGGAACAAUUAUGGUUACAUGUAGUUGCUGUACAUCCCAUUGAUUUUAGAUUGUCAAAUUCUACUAGGCAGCAUAAUUUUUCGUCUGGUGAGGAUUCCCCAGUCAAACCCAAGGAGUGCAAUAUAGUUUCUAAGUCGAAUGAUAACAAGAAUGUAGGUGGUUUACGAAAGUUUAAUUGUAGGUUCUGCGGUUUGAAGUUUGAUUUACUGCCUGAUCUUGGUCGCCACCAUCAAGCUGCGCACAUGGGUCCAGGUUUAGCUAACUCCCGAACUGCAAAGAGGGGAUUUCAUUAUUAUGCUUAUAAAUUAAAAUCUGGGAAACUUGGUCAUCCUAGAUUUAAGAAGACUUUAGCGGGUGCGUCAAACCGGAUCAGAAACAGAACAAAAGCUAGCAUGAAAAAACAUAUUCAAACUUCAAAGUUACUAAGCACAGGAAGCAUAAACCUUCAACCUCAUGAGUCCCACUUAGCAAGUUCUCGUAAAUUGACCCAAGGUUCAACUGUUUCGAAGGCAUUGGUUUCCGAGAUUCAGAAAAUAAAAUUAUUUCCUACCAAUGUUGACAUUUUGUCUAUUGCUCACUCUGCCUGUUGCAAGGUCAAUUUUAAAGUUCUUCUGGAACAGAAGUUUGGAGUAUUACCUGAAUAUUUUUAUCUCAAGGCAGCUGAAUUAUGCAGGGAAAAAGUUAACUGGUAUAUCAAGGGAUUUGUCUGUCCUAAAGGUUGUGAGACACUUAAGGAUCCUCUUUUGCAUCCCAAUUUGAUGCCUCAUCCAAAUGGUUUUGGAGGCCACAAGAAUGCACACACUCCUGGUCCAGUGAGUAGCAAAUGGGAAGGUCAUGGAUGCAGUUAUGCCAUCGGUUCUCAUCUUUCUAGCCAGCAGCUUAAGGAAACGGCCGUCAUUUUAUGUGAAGAUAUAAGCUUUGGCCAGGAAUUUGUUCCUGUGGUCUGUGUAGCUGACGAAGGUCUAAGGAACUCACCUCACAUAUCUCUAGCUAACUCGGAUAGUCAAGAAGUUGGAUACUCCAUGCCUUGGGAGAGUUUUACCUAUAUUAAGAAAUCAUUGCUCAAUAAAUCUCUUGCCAUUGAUACGGAGAGUUUGCAGUUCGGCUGUGCCUGUGCUCAUUCACUUUGUUCGUCUGAAACAUGUGAUCAUGUAUACCUCUUUGAUAGUGAUUAUGAAGACCCAAAGGACAUUUAUGGGAAUCCCAUGAGUCGCAGGUUCCCAUAUGAUGAGAACGGUCGUAUUAUUCUGGAGGAAGGCUACCUUGUCUAUGAGUGUAAUGAAAGGUGCAACUGUAGUAGAACCUGUCCAAAUAGAGUGUUGCAAAAUGGAGUUCAUGUGAAACUCGAAGUCUUCAUGACAGAGACGAAGGGAUGGACAGUGAGGGCUGGUGAAGCCAUACUGCGUGGCACGUUUGUUUGUGAGUACAUUGGGGAGGUGCUGGAGGAGCAGGAAGCAAACAGGAGACGUGACAGGUAUAACUGUGAAGGCAAUGGCUAUUUCUUGGAUGUGGAUGCUCAUAUUAAUGACAUUAGCAGAUUAAUUGAAGGAUCGGCUAGAUAUAUUAUUGAUGCCACAAAUUAUGGAAAUGUUUCGAGAUUCAUAAAUCACAGUUGCUCACCAAAUCUAGUAGCUUACCAAGUCCUUGUCGAAAGCAUGGAAUAUCAGCGUUCACACAUUGGAUUGUAUGCGAACCGGGAUAUAGCUACUGGUGAAGAGCUGACAUUCAAUUAUCGACGCGAGCAAUCGCCUGGAGGAAAUGGCUGUGAAUCUUCAAGUUGCUGAGGCCACCUUAUAUUAAAACAUUUGAAGAACAUGUAAACCUAUCAUUCGAGGGAAAAAGAUCUGGAGCUUUAUAUUUUGGUAAGAGGAGCAAGAGACCAAUCUGAAAGCGCAUGCCUUGCAGAUUUUGUGGAUUAUUUAAAGUCUUAUGCCUCAUCUAAGCAAGCAACUCCCUCAGCCUGAAAUGUUGGAAUCAGAGGAAAGUGGUAAAUUUUCUGUAUGUAGGAACUUGUUACCGAUACGAAAAAUGGCCGAUGCCUUCUAACCUUCUCUAGUUUGUAAUUUCGUCGUGUUUAUCUUAUUUUCACUUCUGGAUCAACUUAGUUUAGCAAAUUGUAAAUGCCUUUUUUGUUCACCAACCAAAGUUUAAGGAAGUUUGAGGAAUAAAUAUUUUCCUUCUCUCUUUUUA